AAGACUAGUGUCACUGCGCAUGUUCAGAAUUCUCGCAAUCUGGGAUCGUUGUCCCCAGGUCCCCAGGUAUUUGGAAAGAAAACUAUUUCCCGACGCCGCGAUUUGAAGAUCCUGAAACAGUGCCGAGGAAGAAUUUCGAUCAUCUUUGAUAUCCGUGAUAUUGCUAACAAAGAAGAGUCAUCAUGACUGGUGGAAACACUACUGAAAAGUCAGCUAAUAAUCCUUUGGAGCAGUUUGUACUGCUUGCAAAAACGGCAAAAGGCGCUGCCGCUAUAGAGCUCAUAAGACAAGCCGUCGAGACGCCAGGCGUUCAUGUUUUUGGUGAAUUAUUGGAUAUGCCAAACAUCAAAGAAUUAGAGAACGGACCUUAUGUUCAAUAUUGGAAUACUUUGAAUCUAUUUGCAUAUGGCACCUAUAAAGAUUACCUAGAAAAUAAAGAGAAAGUAUUAGAGUUAACUCCUAUACAAAAAAAGAAGCUUCAGCAUCUCACGAUAGUCACUUUGGCUACAAAAAACAAAUGUAUACCCUAUUCGGUAUUAUUGGAAGAACUAGACAUAAAGAAUGUCAGAGAUCUAGAAGAUUUGAUUAUUGAAGCGAUAUACGCUGAUAUAAUUCAUGGGAAAUUGGAUCAAAAAAAUUCACAGUUAGAAGUCGAUUAUGCUGGUUUAGGACGAGACGUCCGACCGGGUGAUACCGGUGUAGUAGCUGAGACAUUAGCCGCUUGGGGUGAAGCAUGUGACACGGUUUUAUCAUGUAUUGAGCAACAAAUAUCUAGAGCUAAUGUUGAGAAACAAAAAGCUACUUAUCAUAAAGAAAGGAUACAGAGAGAUAUUAGUAAUAUUAAGAAAUCCCUCACGGCUCAAGCAGGAGGCGGAGGCAUUCAAGAGGCUGAUAUAGCUGGUGGUAGUUCUGGUGCAGGAGGAAGCGAAGCGGGUAGAGAAGCCAUGCCGGUACUAUCAGAGAAGAAGAAGUUACAGAAGGUCAAAUGUAUCAAAGUCAGUGAUUUUUAAAUGAAUGAUGAAUGAAAAAAUUAUGAAUGAGAAGGAUAAUAUUAAAACGAAUUUAUUAAUUGUAUACAAAGUAUGAUCCAAACGCUGAAUCGAGAAUUUCUUCUGUAUCUGAAGUAUUGAAUUUAUAAAAAGAGAUUUUUAGAGAAAAAUAGAGAAACAAUAUUUUAAAAACGUGUUUUAAGUAUGUAGGAUCGAAUUGUAUGUAUCAAAUGUAUCAAAUGUAUUUGAAUAUUUGAUUUUGUGCAACUUUAUGGAUUACAUGUUAAUAAUGAAUAAAAUCAAGAAUACAUUUUUUAUCAAAAAAAUAAUUUAUUAAUACACAUUGGUAUAAAAAGCUUUUAAAACAAAAUCGAUAUUUGAGUAUCAAUUUCCACUUUAAUAACUACAAAUAUUAAUAACAGAAAAUGUAGAAAAACAAUUUUCAUACUUUUACUGUGAUCGUUUUAAAUAUUACGAAUAGUAUUUGCUAUAUAAGCCAUUUCGGUACUGUCGUUAGCAUAUAAUUUAGCUUUUAUUUAUUUUGAUGAUUCAUUUUAUUGAACAAAAAGUAAUAUGUAUGAGGUAUACCUAACGAGAUAUAUGUGAUGAUUGUCUUUACAUCGAGCAUUUGAAAAAAAAGCAAUCAAUCUUUUCUUUAUGACAAAGAUAAUUUUGUAGGUAAGCUUGAAUAUACCUGUAAUAUACCUGUUUAUUUUUUUUAGACCAAAGAUAUCAUGUUUUGUGUUUGUAGGGCGUGAAGAAUUUAAUUAGGAUUUGACGAUUCUCUAGAUGAAUUUGAUAAAUAAUGCAACGUGUAUUGCAUAUUUAUCAAUGCAUACGUGCCUACCCAUUGCCAGUUAUCACAUAAAACGGUAUGCCCAUUGUGACGAGUUGGCUUACGUGUACUUCCAACGAUAGUACCGUUCGUACUGUUUGCGUUCAGGCUUUACAGAUUCUCGUUUUGUAAGGAUUUGUAGUCGAUAAACAAUUUACUGACGGGACAAUGCGUAACUAGUCGGAGAAGUCGUUUUUGAAGGAACUUGUAUAUUCAGAAAACUGUAAAGGUAUGCCACUGAUGUAGCUUAGCAAA